GCUCUAAUUUAAAAUGUUUUCUUAUAUUUGCAAAAGUGUGUUCAAAACUUACGCCAUUUUGCUUGAUUUUACUAAAUUAAUCACCGUUUUUAUAAAUUUUCAUCAAAAUUAAUUUUGUUAUGCCUUGACUUUGUAUAAUCUAAAUUAGAAAUUUAUUGUGAUGUAUUUAUCGUAUUUUUGUUCACAUUUCUCUUGUUUGGCCAUCGCAGUUCUUCUCGUUUCGUUGAAUCAAGAAUGUAGGGCUGACGUCGCUGAAGAGACCGAGGCAGUGCGCGCCGCCGCCGCCAAGGAGCUGGUCGAUCACACGCACCCGGACAUCAUCGACAGGCAUGUGGUAGUCACAGAUCAAGGAGUUGAUGAAGCGGAAGCUGGACCGGGAGCCUGCAAACACUUUGGUGUGUUCUACAGGAACCGACAGCUGCUACACACGACCGUCACUUGUUUCAAGGUGCUGUGCUCCUCCGGCAAGCUGCGCUGGGUGGCCGACACCUCCUGUUGUCCUGCCGAAUCUGGUCUCCACCCCGAGUCGACCCGACAGCCAACCUCCGACCCGUGCCAGCUGCGAGUCUGCGAGGCCGGCCAGUGGACUCUGGUGCCCGACUUUGAGCGUUGCUGCCAGCACGAGAAGGAGUGGUUCCCAGUGGGCUCUAGCCGACCGAUGAGGGGCGGCCCGUGCACCUAUCACCUCUGCCAUGACGGUAGGUGGGAGGAGCACUAUAACACCAGCUGCUGCUUUGAUGAAGUCGGCUGGCACACCUCAGGAACCGUGCUGUUCACUGCUGACCCGUGCCGUACAAAAACGUGCCGGGACUCACACUGGACGGAGAGGGACACGUGCUGUAGUGAGCCAGCCACGGGGAGGAAGGUAGCCAGCGGCGACAUCGUGCGCGUGGACGGCUGCACGUACCAGCUGUGCCACGAGUCCACGUGGCGUCGGCACGUGGCGUUCUCGUGCUGCCAGCGGCGCGGGUUUCAAUACGAGGACGGCUCGCUGGUGAAUCUCGGCUCGGCCUGUCGCCGGGACCGCUGCGUGGACGGCUCGUGGCACGUGGUGCGCCGUGAGCACGUGGCGCGCGGCCCGUGCGCCACGGGGUGGCACCGGCUCGGACACCGGUGUGUGGCGCGGAUGGGAGAAGGCACGUGGCAUGAGGGUGAAGAGAAGUGUGAGAAGCACGACGGUACUCUCCUUGCCGUGGCAAACAAGGCGGGAUGGAAUGACUUGCUCCAUGUGAAAGAGAACAUCACUGUCUGGUUGGGUCUGAGGGGUCACGAGAUCACCGAGGGUGUGACUGAGUGGCACUGGCAGGAUGGUACCCCCCGCUCCGUACCCGUCCUGUGGGCUGCCGGGGAGCCUCAGACACUUCCCGGCCACGUCUGCGCCUACGUCCACCACGGCAGGGCCCACAGCGCCUCCUGCGACGAGCGCCAUCUAGUCUUCUGCGAGCGGACGCACUGCGAGCAUUAGAGGAACUGGUGGUUAUGAUAGCUGACGCCAGGUGUCACUGAGGUGCAUGAAGGAUCCGUCUGUGUUUGGACCGGAGCUUGUCGGAGAUGUCAUCUGGGUUGUCGUGACUUUCUUUUUAAGUGCACCUCAAUAAAUGUUUUCUGAUCUAGAAA